UGUUUUGUUUCAAGUUUGUUUUGUUGUUUUUAAAAGUUUCAAGUUUCUAAGUUUUAAGUUUCCAAGUUUGUUUAUCUUUGAGUUAAUGUUUGUUUCAAGUUUAUUUAAUUCAAGUUUGUUUGUUUCAAGUUUAUUUUUUUACUGGGUUCAAGUUUGUUCGUGUUUAAAUGAAUGUUUUUAUUCAAGUUUAUAUUUAAUGUUUGUCAUGUUUCAUGUUUGUUUUGUGUUUAAAUUAAUGUUUGUUUCAUGUUUAUUUAAUACAAGUUUGUUUGGUUCGUGUUUGUUUUGUAUAUUGUUUUAA